AUGUCUGCCACAGACGCACACAGCGCCGGCGAGUCCAAGAACGCAGCCGACGCCGACACGCAGACGCCGCGGCAGAGCGGCGAGAGCGAGAUCGAGAGCGAGAGCGCAGACGCAGGAGGCGACUCCCGGAACGCCGCCCCCGCGUGCCGACCGCCGCCCCCGACCGCAGCGCCCUCUGCUGGGGACGCGGGCAUCGCGGGGGCGGACAAGCAGCAGGUGGGAGGCGGCUCGGAAGCACCCUCCACCGCCCCCGCCGCCGUGCCUCCUGGCGACCCCGCCAAGAAGGAGAACGACCGUUCCUCCAGCCGGACAUCACAGAGGCCGGCCGCCACCCCGGUCGUAUACGUUCGCGUGCCAGUGGGAGAACAAUACCCACCUCCAGGAUAUUCUCGAGAUGCGGCACCCUACGGAGGAGGGUGGGGCAGCCGUAGGGGUGGUGACGGUGGCGGGGGCGGCGGGGGCCGCUGGCCCACCCUUCGGGACGACGCGGAGUGGGACGACGCGGGUUGGUUCUCUGCGGCGGCGGUGCGGCGCGCCUUCAUCCGCAAGGUGUACUCCGUGCUGUCUCUCCAGCUGGCCCUCACCGUGGGCAUCAUCGCCCUCUUCGUGUUCGAUGUGGGCUUCAUGGUGACGUACCUGGUACUGGUGUGCUGUGGGGACGUACGCAGGCGGCACCCCUGCAACCUCAUCCUCCUCUUCAUCUUCACGCUGUCGUUCGCGUACAUGCUGGGCGUGAUCUCUGCCUUCCACAGCACGUACAUCGUGUUCAUGGCGGCCGCCGUGACCGCCGUCGUGUGCCUGCUCGUCACCCUGGUGGCUACCUUCUCCAAGGUGGACAUCACGGGCUGCGGAGCGCUGCUGUGCGUGCUCGGCAUCGGCGUGCUCAUCUUCGGCGUGGUGCUGGUGCUGGUGUUCCUCAUCUGGGGCCCGAGCAGCCUGCUGCUCGCCGUCUACGCCGGCCUCGUGGGCGUCGUCUUCUCCCUGUACCUGAUGUUCGACACGCAGCUGAUCAUGGGCGGUCGCUACAUGGAGCUGUCCCCGGACGAGUACGUGUACGCGACGCUGAUGCUGUACGUCGACAUCGCCAACAUCUUCUGGGCGAUGCUGACGCUUUUCGGCUACUGCUGCGGCGAAUGA